AUGGCUGAGCCCAACCUAUUGGCCAAACAACUUGGCUUGGCCUUUUCGUUUAGCCGGAGAGUGUCUACCUGUUAGUUACCUGUUGACUGUUGAACGUUUUGGUGGUGUUUUCAAAUCAAGCGGGAUUACACAAAAAAUAAGAAAGAAGAAGAAGGGGAUACAAAGCAGAGAGAAACACACAUAAAAAAAUAAAACGUGUAAUAAAAUAAAAAAAAAACGAAACAAAACAGAAAUAUAUGUGAAAAAUUGAUCGGAAAAAUAGAAAAUAACAACAAAACGAGAAAAAAUAUUGAAUAAAUUAUUAAAAAAAAGUUAAUAAAAAUAGUAAAGAAUUGAAAAAAGGUUAUAGAAAAAAUAUUUCUGAACCCAUACAAUCUCAAAAAAAUACGAAAAAAAAGAAAGAAUCACAACAACGUAUUGAAUCUUCCAAACACAACGAACAUCGCCAGCAAAUACCACGACAAAGUCUCAACAACGCAACAGGCUGCCGCUGCUACUGCUGCGUCCGACUGCCCGGCCGACCCGCAAAGAAGAUAAACCAAGUUUAACGGAGUAUAUCGGUGUGUCUAAAAGAGCCAUGUCUUCAUUAAAACUAAACAUUUAGUUUAAAUUGUUUUGCCACAAAACACCACCAUCGCCACCAUCAUCAGCAUCAUCAUUUAACAGGACAAACGAAACUUCACAUCCCUGGGAGAGUUGAAAGCGAGGAUUCUUCGUGAAAAUGGAUUGGUCUGAGGGUGAUCUGGUGUGGUUUGAUCCCGGUGUGGGUCAUCCAAUACCGGGUGAGAUACAAGAGGUACAUCGGGCUGCCCAGGUCAUUGUGGUCCAAGCUGUCAUCAAGGGCAAGCCCCAAACAUUUGCCCUACAGCCCGGGGAGGGCAACCUAAGAUCCCGCCAAGACUUGGGUAGCAGCGGUGUGGAGGACAUGACCAUGCUGGAGGAUUUACAUGAAGCCUCUCUGCUAUGGAAUUUACGUUUGCGCUAUGACAAGGGUCUGAUCUACACCUUUGCCGGCAGUAUCCUGAUUGCCAUCAAUCCCUAUAAAAUGUUUCCGGACUCCUAUGGCCUGGAGGUGGCCAAGCAAUAUGCCGGCAAGCCAUUGGGUACCAUGCCCCCGCAUCUCUUUGCCAUUGGAGCGGCGGCCCAUGCCUCGCUGCCCUCACCCCAGGUGGUGGUGAUUUCGGGAGAGUCCGGCUCGGGCAAGACGGAAUCCACGAAAUUGGUCAUGCAGUAUCUGGCUGCUGUGGUGCCGGGCGGAGGCUCUGCCUCGGCAGUGAUUACAGAACAAAUUCUAGAGGCCGCACCCCUGCUGGAGGCCUUUGGCAAUGCCCGUACCACCCGCAAUGACAACAGUUCCCGGUUUGGCAAAUAUUUGGAGGUCUAUUUUAAGAGCGGGGCCAUUGUGGGAGCCAAAAUUACCCAAUAUCUGCUAGAAAAGUCCCGCAUUGUUACCCAGGCCCCGGGAGAACGUAACUACCAUGUCUUCUAUGAAAUGCUGGGUGGCCUGUCGGAGAGUGAACGCACCAAGUAUGGCCUUCUGGAGGCGGAUAAAUAUUUCUAUUUGAAUCAGGGCGCCACGGAUUGUGCUCCCGGCCGUGUGGACUGGGAUUCAUUGCAGAGCGCCAUGCAGGUCUUGGGUGUGUCGGAGGGAGAGCGAGAAGGCAUAAUCCGGGUAUUGGCCUCGGUUUUGCACUUGGGCAAUGUCUAUUUCCACAGGAGACAGCUGAGACAUGGCCAGGAGGGAGUGGAGGUGGGCUCCGAUGCCGAAAUCAAAUGGGCCGCCCAUUUGCUGCACAUCUCCGCCGAGGGUCUACAUCGUUCCCUAACCAGUCGCAUAACAGAGGCCAGAUCCGAGCGUCUACACACCCCGCUGAGCAUUGACCAGGCCCUGGAUGCCCGUGAUGCCUUUGCCAAGGCCUUGUAUUCAGGUCUCUUCAAUUGGCUGGUAUCCCGCAUCAAUUCGAUUGUCCAAAAGGGUGGCACCCAUGAUGCCCAUCGCAUUUCGAUUUUGGACAUCUUUGGCUUUGAGGAUUUGGCUGAGAACUCCUUUGAACAGCUCUGCAUCAAUUAUGCCAAUGAAAAUCUCCAGCUGUAUUUCAACAAACAUGUCUUCAAGCUGGAACAGGCUGAGUAUUCCAGGGAGCGCUUGGAGUGGACCCCCCUGACCUGGGAUGAUAAUUUGCCGGUGAUCCAUUUGUUGGCCAAGAAGCCGGUGGGCAUUUUCCAUCUACUCGAUGAUGAGUCGAAUUUCCCCCGAGCCUCGGACAUGAGUUUCCUGGAGAAGUGCCACUACAAUCAUGCCCUGAAUGAGCUGUACUCCCGGCCCCGGGUGGGAGCCCAGGAGUUUGGCAUAACCCAUUAUGCUGGGCAGGUUUGGUAUUGUGUCGAUGGUUUUUUGGAUAAAAAUCGUGAUGCCCUCAGAGGUGAUGUCCUGGAGCUGCUGAGUUCCAGUAAACUGCAAUUGGUCUCGGAUCUGACCAAGCAGUUGAGGGCCCAAAGAGAUUCCGGGAAAACUUUGCCGAAAGGAAAUAAUGGCCGUUUUGUGACCAUGAAACCCCGGACACCCACGGUAGCAGCCCGCUUUUCCGAUUCCCUGCAGCAACUGCUCCAGUCCAUGGGCCGCUGCAAUCCCUGGUUUGUGCGCUGCAUAAAACCGAACAACGAAAAGCAGUCCCUGAAAAUGGACAUGCCCUGUGUGCUGCAACAGCUGCGCUAUCUGGGCAUGUUGGACACCAUUCAGAUCCGGCAGAAAGGCUAUCCGGUGCGCCUACGUUUUCAACAUUUUAUUGAGCGCUAUCGCCAUUUGAUGCGGUCGCCUUUGUCAAGGGGUACUCCAUAUCGUGAGCUGUGUAGGAUCCUGCUAGAAUCCAUGCCUGGCACCGGAAUUGAGGGUCCCGACUAUCAAUUGGGCGCCACUAGAGUUUUCCUACGGGAGGCCCUGCAUCGCAUGCUGGAAAGCAGCCGCUCAGAUCGCCUGAAAACCGCCGCUGUGGUCAUACAGAAACAUGUCCGCGGCAUGCUGGCCCGACGCCAGUUGAUACGCAAGAAAAAGGCAGCCACCCGGAUCCAGGCUCGCUGGAGGGGUCAUCGUGAGGCCAAGAAAUUCCGUGAACUACGCCAGUCCACCAUCAAGGCCCAGGCCUUGUGGCGCGGUAAAAUGGGUCGCAAGCGAGCGGUAAAAUUGAAGGCCGAGUAUCAGCGACGCCUAGAAGCCCAGCGGGCUCAAAAGGAACGCGAGGCCAAAAAGCAGGCCAAGGAGAAUUUGGAGCGCAGUCAAAUUUCAUAUUUGGAUAUACCGGCCGAAUUGGCCUUUAUCUUUUCCAAGAGUGAGGGCUGGACCCCGGUGCAUGGUGACCGGCAUUUGGUCAAGGUGGUGGGUACCGUGCCCGGACCCCCAGUGGCAGCAGAUCUGCCCAAGGAUUUGGAUCAAUUUUCAUUCGGGAAAUUUAGCUCCGUCUACUGUAACGGCAUGCGUCUGACGGUGAGAAGGGAACCCAUUACCACUCCCUUCCUCUCCAGGGCUGCGUCCAGGGAUCAAGAUUUCCAGGAUUCCUUGGCCGUGUUCAAACUGAUUCUACGCUGGACAAAUGACAAGACUUUGGAUGGCAACAAGGAAAAGGUGCUGGCCGAUUAUAUUGUCCACAAGGGUCUAUCCUCCCGUGGCCUGAGGGAUGAAAUCUUGGUUCAGCUUUGCAAUCAAAUCUACAACAACGAUGAACUGCAGGCCCAGCGUCUGUGGCAGUUGAUGGCCCAAUGUUUGUCCUGUUUCCAGCCAGGACCGGCCUUUAGCAAAUAUCUCAUGAAAUUUAUUGUGGACAAUGCUCCGGACUCGUUGCGGGACAUGCUGCUGAAGAAGAUCUUACGCAACGGCGUGAACUCCAAUCAUGCCAAUAGUUCGAGAAAUUUCACCCCAUCCUGGGUGGAAUGGAGGGCCAUAUCGCGUAUGUCCGACAUUGCUGUGUCCUUGACCAUGCCGGAUGAUAAUGCCCAGACGGUGGCCAUUGAUUCCUGGACCACCUGUGAGGAGGCUGCCUCCUUGGCCGUAUCCACUUUGGGCAUCUCCAAUCGAGGCUGGACAGUGGUGUUUGAUGAUGGCAAACUGUUGACGGAUUCCUGUGGCCUGGACUAUGUGCUGGAUUUGAUUGCCGAGAAGGAGCUGUGUCCCGCCUUUCCGGCCUUGCGCAGUGAUUUAAUGACCACUGGGGCUAAAUUCCACAGAACUGUGUUGAGUGGCGAAGCGGGAGACACCAAUACCCCCAAGAGGCCCCAGGUACCACCUCCAGAGCCACCACAAAAGCUGAAGACCCCCACCACCCCAGUGGAGUCUCCCAUUUCAGAUUCCAAUGAUGAACAGCCCAUAAGGAAAAAUUCCCGUAACAUUUUGUCCCGCAACUCGGCCCUCAACGAUCGCUAUUUUGAGCAGGAAAAGUCCCGCUCCAAGUCACUGGAUGACCUGUUGGCCGGAGAUGUCACCGACUUGGAUGCCCACACCGAACCGGAACCCUUGGCCGAGAUUGGGCUCUCCGAAAGUCGUCUCAACGAAAGAUAUCAUUCCGCCGAAAGGUUGACUCCCAUGGGUAAGGAGGCAGCACCACGUUAUCAGAAGUCACAAUAUGCCGGCCGGAGGUCUCAUGGUGGUUCCCAUUCCAGUAAAUAUAUGGAUAAAUCGGAAUACGCCACCCGAUCGUCAGCCAUGUCGGACACCAGUGAGGCUCCUUCGCUGGCCUCCCAUGUAAGGAGGGUUCGAGUGCCUUCACAGGCCUCAGAUGUGGAUCAAUUCUUGGAUGAUUUGUUUAGUCCCGUAUUGGAUGGUUCGCUGGAUGAGUUGUCCGAUGCCAGAUCCCUGGCAGCCAGUAUAAGGGGAGGGGGUGGCAAUGAGGAAAAGGAACAUUUCCUAGAAGCCCCCGACUGCUAUAACUUUGGAGAAUCUUUGAAUUGGAACAGUGACUUUUUGAGCGGCAAAAUCGAGGGAGGAGGGGAAGGCAGAAAGGAGGAGGAGCAAAAACUGGAAGAGAAUUUGAACAAAGAAAAUUUCCUGGAGGCUCCCGACUGUGAUUUCGGCGAAUCCUUGAAUUGGAACAGUGACUUUUUGAGCUGCAAAAUCAAGGGAGGAGGGGAAAAGGGCCGCCGAGCCUCGGAGCAGGAUCAACAGGACUCAGGCUCGGCCAAUUUGGAUGACUACAUUACGGGCCUGUUUAAACCAAUUUUUGUCAAUGAAGCUGUCAAGGUGUUGACCGAACAUUCGGAACUCAUCGACAGCAUUAAAGGCGGUGGCGCCCAAGCUCAGACCACCUCGACCAGCAGCACUUUUGUCAGUGGCCCCAUUAGCCCCAUUCUAAAUAAUUCCGAAAAUCUUUUGCAAAUGGUAACCAUCCCUCCCGAUGCUGAUCCCUCAGCUUAUCAGCACCAGGUGCAGCGGGCAUUUUUGCAAUCGGCCAUGGCCCAAAACUUGCAAAUCCAACAGCAGCUUUUGGCCCAAAAUCAGGCUCUGCAAACGCUGCUGAGUCAACAGGACACCACGGUGACAGGCACAACCUCGCCACCCUUGAUUGCUCCCAUAAUUCCACCAGUUGUGAAUAACCUUGGGGCCACCUCCACCACGGCCAUUUCGAAUAACAUGACGGCCAAAAUUUCGGUGGUUUCCAAUGAGUCAGCCGGUCCCAUGGGCGGACGCAAACAAAGUGUCAAGAAUCGCAUUUCCCAGUUUUCGGAAGGUGAAAGGAAUCGCAAGGCCUCCUCCGACAGUGGUGGCUCGCUGAUACCCCCUCCCCCACCACCACCCAUGCCACCACCAAUUGAGGUGAAAGAUCCCUCUGAGACUCGGCACUUUUUGGAUCCCUAUGGACGGGCCAAGACGGUGCGCAUUGGCAAAUGGAGAUGGCCACCACCACAGGAUGGUCCUCAGUUUGAGACGGAGGAGGAUUUCUUUGCCUUCAAAAUGCGUCAGCAUCAGAGGAAGAACACGCCCCAGUCGCAGUUCCAUAGCAGCAAUGGUUCCUUGACAGGUUCCGCAAUGGAAUGGGAGGAGUUUGAGGUCCAUGAUGGAAAUUCCAAGAGCCCUUCGCCGGUGGUUUCUAUGCCAGUGCACACCACCCAAAUGGUGAGGACCCAGAUUAAGAUUGAGACCGGAGGAAGGCAGAGCAACAAAAACGAAAUGCAACAACAAAUACAACAACACCAACAUCAGCACCAGUCAUAUCAGCAGCAGCAACAACAACAACAGCAGCAGCAGCAGCAUCAUCAACAACAACAACAAACGAUUGUCACCACCAAAACCACAAAGAAAAGCUUUGAAAUCGGUGCCGAUCGCCCACCACCGGGUAGCGUGGGAAAACUAAAACUCAGCUCUGAGAUGCGCCAACGCCUGGAACAGGUCACCGCAGGCCAUUCGGUACGCUCUACGGUCAGCACAAAAUCUGAACAAAGGACUCCAGCAAAACUGGAAGACACCCGCAAAAUGAUGCUACAACAACAGCUGAGCGGACAAUUUGCCAUGAUGAGCAGCAACAUGGCGUCCAACAGCGGCAACACCACAACCACAGCGGCCGAUAUCCACACGGUGCGUUCGCACAUUGAAAGAAUGGAGGAAAAGAUGGUGCCCUCCAGCUGGCCAGCCCAUGUGCCACCGGCACCCAGUAUACCAGCUCCUCCGCCACCCAUACGACCACCUGAUGUGGCUCCACCGGCACCACCACCCGUUCCCAAGAGUCCUCCCAUGCACAUUGAGGAGGUCGAUGAACAGGAAUAUCGCACUCAGAGCAAGGAUAUCCCGGCAUUUAUACAACGCCAAGAUCGGGACACUUUUGGGGCACGACACAAUUGGAACGGGUCCGAUGACUCCAAGGAUGCCUAUGACUCGUGGGGUCGUUCGGAGGCCGCCAAGCUGGACAUGGUCUAUGAGAAGAGCUACAAAAAGGAAAUGAAAAAUGAAAGAGAACGAUCACGUUCCCGCUCACGAUCCCGGGAUCGUGAUGAUUUCUCCGAGUCAGUGUGGGAUAGGGCCGAGGUGGAGGGCCCGGCCUCCAGUGGCAGUGAAAGGGAACGCGAAAAGGAGCGAGAAAAACGUGAAAGGAUCUAUGAAAUGCGCCAGGUCGAGCGGGAGAAGGAAAGUCACAAAGUCUAUCAACCGGCCCCACCCAAGGUGGUCACCGCCACCAUUGAGCGGCAUGAGCGGCACGAACGUCAAGAACGCAAUGAACGCCACACAGACAGUUACAAUGCCUCAAAUGUGGCCGAACGCAAAUACUCCUAUCAAAACAUGGCCUCGAACAAGAAACAGUCCCUGAUCAACUCCCAACCCAUAACACCCAACAUGACCACCCAUCACAUGUCGCAAAUGUCCAGUGGGGCCUCCCAUACCUCAAAUGUGGCCAAUGUUUCCAGUGUCUCGCACACCCCGGCCACAUUCCGCACCCAUAUGGCCCAGAAAUAUGAAAAGGAACGCAAACGAAAAUCCUCUGCCUCCACCACUGUGUCGCAGUGUACCACGCGGCGCGAUGAGGAAACCGAUGGUGCCGAUGAAUGGCCAUUGCCGGCCAUACCUGCCCCCGUGCCGGCUCCAGCAUCCCUUAAACACCCGGCCAAUGCAUGCCUGACCUACAAUCGAGUGCCAUGGAAGUUGAGGGUGCGCAAGGAGGUAUUCCAUCCCAAUGAGCCCAUUGGUCCACCCAUUGCCUUGGAUUUGCUGUUUGCCCAGGUUUCGGCAGAUGUCUUUGGUGUCACACCAUCGCUGCGCAUAUCUCCGCAAGAGAAGGCGGCCGCCAUCAAUAUGCUUAGUGGCCAUGGGGUCACCGCUGAGACUGUACGCAGUCAAAAUGUUCGGGCCAUAGUGAAACGUCACCUCAUCGACAUGGCCCGCGAAUGGCCUUUGUACUUUGCACGUCUCUUCCCCGUGCAGGGUGCCCCGCAAUAUCCUGAUGUCUCCAUCAUGGGCAUUUCCCACAAUGGCCUGUAUCUGGCGCGUCGUGAUGCCGACUAUUUAAUUGUUGUCCAGGCCAUUCCAUUUGCGGAAAUACAAAACGCCAUUACCCUACCGCGGCCAGCAUCGUUGCAAUUGAAUUUACGCAGUGGUAAAAAUGUGGCACUCCAUGCUGCUCGGGCUGCUGCCAUCCAGGCCAUGAUUACACUCUUUGUGCAGGAAUAUCGAAAGACUCAAUCGAAAGCUUCAACCCUGUCAUCGGGUGUACGCGCUGCAGCUCAGACACUUAAUGUGCCCAUUGAACGUUUGGAGUCACGACAAUCGAAUCAUCGCGAGGCAAUGCAAUCCUCCGCCAAUAAUGGCCAUCAAAUGAGCGGCCAAGGAUCCGGUGGCAAUCGGGAGGCUAUGCGUAACACCUCAUCGCCCAUGAUGGCGGGAUCUUAUGAGGAGACCCAUCAACAUCAUAUGCAUCACACUGGUGGUGGUGGUGGUGGUCGUGGGGAGCAAAGCUCCAGGGCUGAACAGCAUUCGCGCAAUGAAAUGCAUUCGCGGUCCAUGAUGCAUGGCAUGCACGAUGCCCUGGAUCAUCAUCAUUCGCCGGUGGCGGGUGAACGUGGCCACCACUACAAUGGUCAUAAUGAGCUGGACGAUGAAAGGCUAAUAGAACGUGAUCACUAUGGCGGCGGCGGAGGAGGUGGCGGUGGAGCAGAACAUCAUCAGCAAUACGCCAAGCAACAAAGUUAUUUACACACCGGACGCAAAUUAUCCCAACAACAGUAUCAUCAAGGUGGUGGCAUGCAUCCGAGGGAUCCGCAACAGACACCUGGACACCUACAACCCUCCAAUUUGGAUGCCAACUACAUGGCAGAGGAUCAACACAAUGGUGGUGGUUCCACCUCACCCUCAGUGACCCGCUACUCUUUACUUCAAUUUGCCAUGCAACAUUUUAGAAAUGAUCAAAUCCACGAUUCCCGUUCCCAUGGCCGUGACUCAUCGGAACGUUCCUCAAAUCGUUCAUAUGCCGAGCUGGUUAAGUGGCAGGGUGUACCGAUAAGGACACCUUUGCUACGUUUACCCAAUGACUUGGCCCCGCUAGCUUUAGAAUGCUUUGAGUGUAUAUUAUGCUAUUGUGGCGAUAUACCCAUGGAUCCGGAUCUGACCGAAGUUAAAUGUGUCUAUACGGUGCUAAUGCAUUGUCACAAAUAUUUGGCCCUACGCGACGAAGUCUAUUGCCAGUUAAUGAAACAGACGACAGCCAACCGUUCACCCUGUCACGAUUCGGCUCAGCGUGGUUGGCGUUUACUCAGUAUUUUGGCUGCAUACUUUGGCUGUUCGGAUGCGCUGCGUCCAUAUCUGCUCGAACAUCUAACAUCGGCUGCCUCGGAUCGGCGACGUUCAUGCCAUGGUACGGCAGCGGUGUGUCUAACAAAUCUACGUAAAACCGCCCGAUGUGGUGGCCGUAAAAAUGUACCCAGUGUGGAGGAGGUCACGGCAGUGUCUGCAGGACGUUCGGCACGUAGACAAAUCUAUCGUUUACCCGGCGGGGCGGAACGUGUGGUCAACACCCGUUGUUCAACGGUGGUGGCUGAUGUCAUUGCCGAACUAUGUGCCCUGCUGGGCAUUGAAUCUGAAACCGAGCAGCAGGAGUUCUCUCUGUACUGCAUUGUACAGGGUGAUGCAUUCACAAUGCCCCUGGCUGCCGAUGAAUAUAUUUUGGAUGUUACCACAGAGUUACUGAAAUCAGGCCAGCCUUUCUAUUUGAUAUUCUGCCGUUCAGUGUGGCAUUUCCCCCUAAAGAGAGAUCCUGCUCCCACACCGCUCUAUGUGGAGGUUCUCUUCAAUCAAGUUGCUCCGGAUUAUUUGGAAGGUUUACUGCUGGAGCUGCCCGGUAAUGGUGUACCGCCCCCCGAAGUGGUGAGAGAUAUGGCACGCAUUGCAGCAUUACUGCAUCGGGCCGCCGAUUUGAGUCAUGUACCAGCCAUGAAGGAAAUCAAAUUCCUUUUGCCUAAACCCGCUUUAGGUAUUAGAGAAAUACGACCCGCCCAAUGGGUGGGUUUGGUCCAGUCGGCCUGGCCACAAAUUGCAAAUCUAAGUCCGGGCCAGGUGAAGGCCCAGUUCUUGAAUGUUUUGUCGGCAUGGCCUUUGUUCGGCAGCAGUUUCUUUGCGGUGAAACGUAUCUGGGCCGAAGAGGGUCCCCAUGUUGAUGACAGUCCCAUGUGGAGAGAUUUGAUAUUGGCAUUGAAUCGUCGUGGCGUACUGUUCCUGGAUCCCAAUACCCAUGAGACCAUGCAGCAUUGGCCGUUUAUGGAGGUUAUCUCCACGCGCAAGGUACGUUCCGAGGAUGGUGCCUUGUUUUUGGACAUGAAGGUGGGCAAUCUGAUGCAGCAGCGUGUCAUAAGGGUCCAAACCGAACAGGCCCAUGAGAUAUCGCGUUUGGUACGCCAAUACAUAACCAUGGCUCAAAUUAGUCAACGUGACAAGCGAGAUGUUGUCAAUUAAUUUUUUAAAUUUUAAUUUUAAUUAUUUUUAAUUUGUAAUCUUUAGUUUUUUAAUUUUAAUUAAUUUUAUCCUUCUUCCUUAUCUAUUUAAAUAUAAAAAUUUAAUUUUCGCUAUGCUUUAAAUAUUUUUGAAAAUAUUUAGCUCUCAGCUUAAAAUUUUGGUUUAUCAAAAAAAAAAAAA